AUGAUGCCUAAUACUACAAGGAAGCACAGUCGCCCAGCCAAAAGGCCUGUCACGGAUGGAGGAUCUCCCCUGAAAAGAAAGUCACCCCAGCUGCACCAGUCUCCACUAAAGAAGAUGUCAGCCAGACACCAGGAGAAGGAGAACUGCCCAUCCCCUCAGAGAUCACCAGCUCCAUCUCCCCUAAAGAUUGCUCGGAAGAGAGCCUCUCCAUUCCAGCCUGCUGUGGUUACAGGGUCCUUCUAUGGUAAACGCAAACCGUUGUACCUGACACCCCUGGAGAGGAAGAUGCUGAAUGAGACCAAAUCACUGCCAAGGCUGACCACUGUGGAUCCGUAUGGAAUACUGAAGGAUGCUGAGAAAAAGAGGAUGAUUAACAGUAACAAGGUCAAGAAAGUGGCCGCUGUACACAGAAUGAAGACUAGCUUGAAGGGAAAUGGCAACUUCAAAUCAAGCCUGAUCAAUUCCUCAAAGCCUAAAGCACCCACCAGCACAAAGCAAGUGGAGCCGAAAAAAGGCAUCCCCUUGGCCUUCGACGGUUUAAAGUCUAAGCCCAAGCCUAAGAUCUUUGUUGGGGCUGCCUUUUUCAGCACAGGAAAAAAGACAGCCUCCAUGUACAAAAAGUCUGCCCCGAAAUCUACCAAGCCAGCUUUGAGUUUUGAGAAAACAAAUGCUCUGGUACUUGCGUCAGAGGGAAAGCAAGAAAAAAAACAAAAGCCCCAUCUCCAACGAUGUACUGUUGUAGUGAAGAAACUGCAGGAAAAGUCUCCACCCAGUGUCCAGGAUUUGCCAAAGCAUCCAGAGUCACCUGAGGCCCUGUCACCCAGAGCUAUAGCAGAGAAAUAUGGCAUGACCAAGGAUGUCAGGAUUGUGUUAAACAUAUCUUUGUCUCCCACAUGUUCAGCAUCCCCAGAAAUAAACACUCAGGAGGACUUUAUCACGGAUGCAGGCUCUCAUGCAGUGUUUGAUCUCAGUGAUAUUAGCCCAUUAAACUGUAUCAGCAGUCCAGUCAAAGCCGAGUCUGUAGAAUCCUCAGCUGUGUGUACAAUCUUUGGAUCUGCAUCAAAGAGGCCCCAGAGGAAGGCAGCUCAGGCCUCUCCAAUGAAUUGCAGCACCCCCUCUUCCCUUGGCCACCCCAUUCCCUCUGCUGCUAAAGAGAGGAGAGCCAGGAAGAAGAGAGAUAUGAAUAAACAGGCUGAGGCUGAUGAUCAACUCAUCAUUGAUGCAGGCCAGAAGCAGUUUAGUGCCACCACGUGUGGGUCCUGUGGCAUGAUCUACAGUGCAGACAGCCUGGAAGACAACUUCCAGCACACACAGUUCCAUAAGCGUUUUCUGGACAGUAUUAAGUUUGUGGGCUGGAAGAAAGAGAGGGUGGUAGCCGAUUUCUGGGAUGGAAAAAUCGUUCUGGUUCUACCAGAUGAUCCAAAAUACGCUGUCAGAAAGGCAGAAGAUGUGAGGCAACUUGCUGACAACGAGUUGGGCUUCCAACAAGUGUCCCUCAGCUGCCCCAGCCAGGCUAAAACCUAUCUGUUUGUGAACAGUGACAGGGUGGUCAUCGGCUGUCUCAUUGCAGAGCACAUACGACAGGGCUUCAGAGUGCUGGAGCAGCCAGAGCAGACUAAGGACAUGACCAAGGAGGAUUUCAUGGAGCACCACAGGGUUUGGUGCUGCUCUACCACCCCAGAGAAGGCCAUCUGUGGGGUCAGCCGUAUCUGGGUGUUCAGCCUGGCCCGUAGGAAGGGCAUCGCCACAAGGAUGCUCGACACCGUCCGAAACUCCUUUAUGUAUGGGGGCCACCUGACCAAGGAGGAAAUCACCUUCUCUGACCCUACCCCAGACGGCAAACUGUUCUCCACAAAGUACUGCGAGACGCCUGCGUAUAUGGUCUACAAUUUCAUUGGUUAA